CUCCAACACUCUUUUGGUGCCCAGCUGCCAUGCCACUUCAAGGAGACUAGAGAGUGUCAGAAUGCCCAAGCCUAGACAGGAGCAGUCGAGAGGCAGAGGUCUGGUUCGAACCACGGACCUUCCGUUCUGGGAAGUAAUUUCCGACGAACACGGAAUCGAUCCUAGUGGGACUUACCACGGUGACAGUAAACUGCAAUUAGAACGUAUCAGUGUGUACUACAACGAGGCAUCCGGUGGAAAGUAUGUCCCACGAGCAAUUCUGGUGGACUUGGAACCUGGGACAAUGGAUAGCAUCCGGGGCAGUACCUAUGGCCAACUGUUUCGUCCAGACAACCUGAUACACGGACAAAAUGGAGCGGGUAAUAACUGGGCCAAAGGACACUACACAGAAGGCGCAGAACUGGUUGAUUCUGUUAUGGAUGUCAUCCGAAAAGAAUCGGAAGGAUGUGACAGCUUACAAGGGUUUCAGCUUACGCACUCUCUUGGCGGUGGCACUGGUUCUGGAAUGGGAACUCUGUUGAUUUCAAAGAUGAAAGAAGAGUAUCCGGAUCGCAUAAUGAAUACGUACUCUGUUUCACCCUCACCAAAGGUAUCGGACACCGUUGUCGAACCCUAUAAUGCCACGCUAUCGGUACAUCAACUUGUGGAAAACACCGAUGAAACCUACUGCAUUGAUAACGAAGCGCUCUACGAAAUUUGCUUUCGCACUCUAAAGCUUACCAACCCAGGUUACCCUGACUUAAAUCAUUUGGUCAGUGCGACUAUGUCCGGUGUGACAACAUGCCUUCGUUUCCCGGGACAGCUGAAUGCCGAUUUGCGAAAACUGGCUGUGAACAUGGUUCCCUUCCCACGUUUGCACUUCUUCAUGCCUGGAUUUGCUCCACUCACAAGCCGCGGAAGUCAACAAUUCCAAGCUGCGACAGUAUCCGAACUGGCACAACAAAUAUUCGACGCAAAGAAUAUGAUGGCUGCAUGUGACCCGCGACAUGGACGCUACCUGACCGUAGCUGCCAUCUUUCGUGGUCAAAUGUCUAUGAAGGAGGUGGAAGAUCAAAUGAUGACGAUGCAAAACAAGAAUUCCAGCUUGUUCGUUGAAUGGAUUCCAAAUAACGUGAAGACAGCUGUGUGUGACAUUCCACCACGUGGAUUGAAGAUGUCAGCCACUUUUAUCGGGAACACAACUGCUAUUCAGGAGUUGUUCAAACGUGUUGCCGAUCAAUUUACUGUCAUGUUUCGUCGUAAGGCCUUCUUACAUUGGUACACAGGAGAGGGAAUGGAUGAAAUGGAAUUUACGGAAGCUGAAUCCAACAUGAAUGACUUAAUUUCCGAGUAUCAACAGUACGAGCAGGCCACAGUGGAUGACGAGGCAGAGUUUGGAAAUGAGUAGACGGAAG